AUCUUAUUGAAGCUCAAGCCAAGAUGGCACCUUCUAUAGAGCCAGUGAGCGCUAUAGUAACCGAAAAUGGUCUAAGACAUCGUUCAAAAGCAAGAGGUCUUCUCAACGCUUCAAAUUUGCCAGCUUUGCAAAAUUUGAUCAAACGUGAUCCCGGUUCGUAUGUGGAUGAUUUUCGAUCACAAUGGAAUCAUUACGAGAGCUUAAGACAGCUAUAUACAGGAUCAGUAGCAAUGGAUUCUAUGGAUAUCGGUAUGGCAAGCAACACACGUGUAUUGAACAAAGAUCAAGAGGACAAAUUCGUUGCUUUGCUAUCCUUUGUCACUCAGUUGGCUCCAAGCUUUCCUGAAAUGACCUCACCACUAUUCCAACAACUUUCAUCUCUUUUGUUGGAGCAUCACGCAAUCAUUGGAAAGGAAGUUCGUUCGGCAUGUGUUAGAAGCUUAGUGCUCAUGCGCAAUCGUGAUGUGAUCUCAAGUGAGCAAUUGCUCAAGACUUUGUUCCCUCUUUUGCUCGCAUCGCCUUCGUCCUCUUUGCGAUCUCUGUUACAACGCACGAUCACUACAGAUUUGAAGAACGCAAAUGCAAAGUCGAGAAAUCAUUCUUUGAAUCGUGUCGUUCAAGGUCUGUUGUUUGGUGUGGUAGAAGUUGGAAUGCCAGGCCAUGGCUCUGAUCCUACUCUUGCACGAUCCGGGUAUGGCAAAAAAGAUGCAGGAAGCAAAUCAGGCGGAGAAGCUUUAUGGGCUGUGAGAUUAGCAGCUGAUCUAUGGAGCAAAAGAAUAUGGAACGAUGAAAAGACGGUUUCGCUUUUAGCUCUGGCUUGCUUGCACCCUCAUCCUCGAGUACAAUCUUCAGCUGUGCGAUUUUUCCUUGGCGAUUUGAAUUCAAGCGAAGCAGGUGACAAUUCCGAUUCAGAGAACGAUAGUGACAAUGAAGGUGAAAUUCCAAACGUCUCAUCAUUGGUUCACAAGCGAAAGGUAAACAAAAAGACAAGAUCAAAUGAUAAGAAAGUGCGAGCUGCCGCAACUUUGGCAAAGAGACGCAAAAAGGCGUUGGAAGAUAAGCGAAUCGAAAAGGAAGGCCAAGAAGGAGAUAGCAAUGUGGCAGCCGUUCACUUGCUCAAUGAUCCUCAAGGCUUUGGAGAGAAACUGUUUGAAGAAUUGAAGAGAGGCGAUAAAAGACUUUUGUUGGAACACAAAGUGCGAAUCAUGCAGUUGCUAGCCCGCGUGAUGAGCUCACACAAAGCUUGUGUUUUGGGAUUCUACUCUUAUGCGGUGAAGUACAUGAUGCCUCAUCAAACGCACAUCACCUUGAUCUUGGUCUCUGUCGCACAAUCCGUUCACACGCAAACUCCGCCUUCUGUCUUGUUGCCACUAAUCCGCAAGCUUGCACACAAUUUCGUUCAUCCAGGUGUUGGACCUGAAGUGGUCGCAGCAGGUAUCAACACAAUUCGUGAGAUUUGUGCUCGUCAAAUCUGGGCCCUAGGAUCUGAAGAUACGAGAGUGGAUGACGGACGCGACCUUUUGGAAGAUUUGAUUUCGUAUCGCAAGAGUAAGGAUAAAGGUGUUGCAGCCGCAAGUCGAGGUAUUUUGAUGCUGUACAGAAAGGAGAAUCCUAAAUUGUUGCCACGCAAAGAACGCGGAAAGGACGGAUCCAUGAAAGCAGACAAGGAUGAAUAUACCGUUCGCGGAUUUGGAGAGAAUGGCGAGGUAACCCAUGGAAUCGCAGGGUUGGAUUUAUUGGCCAAACACUUGGAAGAAGCCGACAGUGAAGCAGAAGAAGAACGUGAUCGACAGGCAUGGGACGGCUGGGAUCAAGACAGUGAUGAUAGCGAUGCUAGCAGUGGUGGAUGGAUCAACGUUAGUAGCGAAGGAGAAGAUUUUGACGUGAGCGACAGCGAAGACGAAGAAGGCAAGAAGGCAAAAUCUACAACAAAUGGAGACGAAGCACAGAAGUCUCAAUUGGAACGUGUGCGUGAAAGAAGGAUGGCUAAACGUGAAUCCAGAAGAAAGGCACGCUUGGGCGAAGAGGAACCCAAAGAAGAUUCAGAUGCAGAAAAGAAAGAAGAAAAAGUUGAAGUCAAAGUGGAUGAGAGUACGAACAAUGAAGCAGCUAAAGCCAUCGAAGAAUUGGCAACUACACGUAUCUUGACACCGGCCGAUUUCGCCCUCUUGAACAAGUUACGAUUAGAAGCAGCUCAGAGUGCACUUUCUUCUGCAAAGAGUGGAAAUAAUGCAAGUUUAUCUUCCAUUGACGCCAUUGCCAACGGGACCAUUUCUAAAGGAGGAGUUGUGAAUGAACUAGACAUCUUAGGAGUGGGCAAAAAGAGAAAGAUGGAUUAUGAAGAACGAAUGGCCAGUAUCGAAAAAGGAAGAGAAGGUCGUGAAGCAUUUGGUAGUAAGAAGGGCAAACGAAACAAAGCAACACCAAGUAGUUCAAGUAACGCUGAUAAGAAGAAGAGUAAGCCAUACAUGAUGGUUGCCCAUAGUUUAUCCGUAAAGGAUAAAAAGAAUGCCAAAUUAUCAGAAAAGUCUCGUCGCUUAAAAUUGGCAAAAGACAAACAACGCAAACAAUACAAGUAG